AUGCCAGUAAUCAUUAGUGAAGUUCAAACAACUUUCUUGGAGGGAAGAUUUAUUCUUGAUGGUGUUCUCAUUGCUAAUGAAGUGGUCCAUUGGUGGAAAGCUGAAAAAAUGAAAGGUAUUAUUCUAAAGCUGGAUUUCGAAAAGGCAUACGACUUAGUUAACUGUGAGUUUCUUUUAUCAAUGAUGAAGAAUUUUGGUUUUUGGGUCAAAUGGGUGAGUUGGAUUAAAACAUGCCUAUCAUCAUCUAAAGUUUUUGUCCUGGUAAAUGGUUCUCCAAUAGCAGAAUUCAUACCCCAAAGAGGUCUAAGGCAUGAUGACACCAUUAUAUUCUAUGAAGCAGAGAGAGGGAAAUUGGUGAACAUCAAGAGAAUCUUAAGUUGCUUUGAGGUGUUGUCUGGAUUAAAGGCCUUGUCGGCGGCCGAACCAGAAAUUGAUUGA